CGGGCGGGCGGGAUUAUUAUGGGCUGUGGGCGCCGCCGCCGCCGCUGAGGGGGAGCAGCAAGAUGGAGCUGUCUGCAGUGGGGGAGCGCGUCUUUGCCGCCGAGUCCAUCAUCAAGCGCCGCAUCCGAAAGGGGCGCAUCGAGUACCUGGUGAAAUGGAAAGGCUGGGCCAUCAAGUACAGCACCUGGGAACCCGAGGAGAACAUCCUGGACUCGCGCCUCAUCGCCGCCUUCGAGCAGAAGGAACGAGAACGUGAGCUGUACGGGCCCAAGAAGAGAGGACCUAAACCUAAAACUUUUCUGCUGAAGGCUCGGGCCCAAGCGGAGGCCCUCCACAUUGGGGAUGUACACUUUUCUGUCAAGCCUGGUUCCAGUACCUCCUCUCCCAAACUCCACUCCAGCGCCGCGGUGCACCGGCUCAAGAAAGACAUCCGGCGAUGCCACCGCAUGUCCCGGCGCCCCCUGCCCCGUCCGGAUCCCCAGAAUGGCGGGAGCGUGGGCGGCGGGGCCGGCAUUCGUCCUCCCGUCUCGCCCUUCUCGGAGACCGUGCGCAUCAUCAACCGUAAGGUGAAACCCCGCGAGCCCAAACGCAGCCGCAUCAUCCUCAACCUCAAAGUCAUUGACAAAGGUGGGAAGCCAGCCAAUGGGGCCGGGGGCCUGGCUCGGCCCAAGAUCCCUUCCCGAAACCGUGUCAUUGGCAAGAGCAAAAAGUUCAGCGAGAGCGUCCUGCGCACUCAGAUCCGCCACAUGAAGUUUGGCACCUUUUCGCUCUACAAUAAGCCGUCUGCUGCACCUACCCCGUCUCUGGAGGGCAAGGGGGAGGCCGAAGGCUCCCAGGCAGCCUCCUGUGGGCUUAUUAUGGGCUCCACCCCCUAUGAUGCCCCCAGCUCCAGCUCCUCUGGGUGCCCAUCACCUGCUCCCCACUCCUCCUCUGACCCAGAUGAUUCCCCUCCAAAGCUGCUCCCUGAGACCCUCAGCCCAGCCAUCCCCGACUGGCGUGAGUCAGAGGUCCUCGACCUCUCAAUCCCACCUGAGUCGGCUGCCACCAGCAAGCGUUCUCCUUCGGGAGGGUGCAGUGGGGGGCAGACUCCCUCCUUGUCCCUUUCCUCUUCUGACCCGGAGCAGGAGGCUGGCGACUGGCGUCCUGAGAUGUCCCCUUGCUCUAAUGUGGUGGUCACGGAUGUCACCAGCAACCUCCUCACUGUAACCAUCAAGGAGUUCUGCAAUGCAGAGGAUUUUGAGAAGGUGGCGGCGGGCAGUGGUGGAGGAGGCAGCAAGUGAGCAACCAGGUCCCCCCACUCCAGGGGCGUGGGGGGAGCUCUACCUGAGAGAAGUCGUGGUGCGAAUGGCUGUCCUUAGUUCUCUCCUUCUCCCCUUGGCUGUCCCUCUGCCCUCACUGCCACCCUCCCUCCUCCUUUCCUCCUGCCCAAUUCCUCUUGCCUGGAGGCUGGAGUGUGUCAGUGGGGGUGUGGGAGCACCCACUGUUCCUGGGUGUUGGUACUGCUAGGAGGAGGCAGGGAGGGUUGUGGUGGGGCUGGGGAGUGGUUGUUUGUCCUUGAAUGUGGUGCUGUCCAACGGGCGGUGGAGCCUUUGGGGCUGAGGGAUGAGUGAGCAUGUGUCUGUGUGCCUGUGCAGGUGGUGAGGAUGGUGCUGCUCUUCCUCAUUCCCCUUCUGUCUUUGACAAAAACUGAAGAGGAGCUCCAAACCCCUGAGGGGAGGAUGUAAGAGGAUUGGAGCCCUUGUCCAUGUCCUCCAGACCUUCUCCCACAAUGUGCAUGCAGACUCUUCCAUUCUUGUUUCCCCCUUGCCAUGACUACCAUCCUGCCAUCCUUCCCCUCUUGGCCUGUGGCCUGGAUCUGCCCUCUCCUCUACUGUCCUUGUGGCAGUUGCUGACCCAGAUGCCCUCAGAGUGAGGGGGAGAAGGACAGGUUAAAUGUCAUGCCUGGAAGGUGCUUGAGACAAAGCUGGGGUGGUGGGGGGUGCCCCAUGCAGCCUAUGCCUCAUAUCGGCUUCCCCUUUCCUUUGACUAUUGGUGCUACCUUGGCAGUUGUAUGGGUGCUUUCAGGUGCCCUGGUCCCUCCUCUUCUCCUGCAUCUUCCAACCUGUUCAGCUCCUCAGGAGAAAGGGAAGAAAAGAGGAGUCUGCUUCCAGCCCAUAUCUUCCUCCUGAUGUUCAUCACUUGCACUUGUUUGGGAGAGAGACCAUGAAAUGCCUUUCUCUGGUCUUUCCGUGGCAGAAGCGGGAGUGGGCUGUGCAUCCAUCCUUCAGGCUGUGGGAGGAUAAUGCCAACAGCGUGAUGCUGCCCCAGCCACAUGGCUGCUCUCCCACCGUGUGCGUAAGCUUCCCCCGGCCCUCCUUGCUUCCUCUUGCUCCUUCUGAAGGAAGGAGGGGUGGAUGCUAAGGCAGGUUGUUUGUUCUUCCUGCUCGUUUUUGCCCCUCCUGCUCACUUUUGCCCCUCCUGCUCUCCCCUCCCUCUGGUGGGUGGCCUGGAAGAGAUUUCCCCUCUGUCUUUUCAGCAUCUGAAACAGCCCUUACAACUGUCAACCAAAGGUGCUCAUAAGAAAUACCUGUCUCUUUCACAUCACAUGCAUGUGCGCUGGAUCUCUUCCCCUAAAGCUCCUGUGAGCUGAUCUAGAAAUUCCUUCUCUUCACCCCUAGCAAGUAGGAGGGAGCAAGACCACAGCUUGCUGUUUAUUCCACAGCUCCCUCUUUUCCCUGACCAGCUUUGUUCACAUCCAAAAUAAGCUCUAUUUUUUGCCUGCCAUUUCUGGCUUGCUCUGUUUCUGUGUGGGUCCUAAGCUUCGCGGUGAGAAGCCAUUCCUUUGCUCUCCUUUCUUGCUCUGCUUGCACAGGACUGAGGCAAGGAAAAAAGGUGCUGAUGAGCUGGUGGGAGAGCCUCACCCUCUCAACCCUGUCCCUGGAUGGGGCAGAGGAGUGUCACUUCUACAUAACAUGCUGCAGAGGUGGAAAGGGUGGAAAAAAUUCCUCAUGCCAGGGCUCAUUUACUUAUAAGCCUGCCGUGGGCUGGUGAACACAAGUGGAAUUGGCCCCUCUGGUGCUUUCACACAAGGAUGUUCAGGAGCUGCUGACUCUGAGGAGUGCUCUCCUGCAGCAGUGAUUUUGUGGUUGUAGUGAUCUGAGGAUAGAAGGGAGGCAAUUUGUGGGAGGGAAGUAAUAUUUGUCUGCCCAAGGGACAUUGUCAGGGUGGUAGAGGGAUAGACCGGCUUCUGACCUUAAUUAGGGCUUUUGUGCCCAGAGCGUGUCUAUUCCCUGCCUCCAGCGCCUGGGUCGGUGUAAUAAAAUAUUUGCUGCCCUCCCCACAAACCUUGCCUUGCAGUGGGUGGCAUUCCAAGCUGUGGGAAACGGUGAAUUCACACCAGUUGUGUGAACCAGUUGUGGCUGGGUGUCUGUGCAGACAGUCUGAGGGGGAUUCCAGGUGCUGUUAGCACCACCCUUGGUACACCUCUUUAUUUUUCUUUCCUCGGUUAAAGAGCUUAGUGGACUCUUCGGGGAUGUGCUUUCAUUCGCAGCUGAAGCUAGGGGCAGGGAGAAGGAGACUUCCCUGAUCCAUUCACCAAGCUAAGGCUUUCUAUAACUUGUUGGACUUGUGUGCGUGUCUGUGUUAAUACCUGCUUGUAUUUUUUGUGGGCGUUGGUUUUUUUGGUUUUUUUGUUUUUUUGGUUUGGGUUUUCUUUUGCGCAUCUUUCCUGUGCCUGGCACACCCAGGAAUCCCUUAUGUUAGCAUAGCCUAUCCAUUUGACUGCAGCUUCAAAGAUGAGCAGUUUGUAGGCAUAGGGAAAAGCUCUUUCUUAGGAAAAUAGCGAGGAGAUUCUUCUCUUUUUCCUUCCCCUUCUGAAUAAGAACUAAUCUGUGGCUGUGAGAUAAGAGGAGCUGCUUUAUGGGGUGGAUGCAAACCGGCCAGUCACUUUAGGUUGUUAAGUUACUCUUUGGCGUGUAUGUGGUGAUGUGUUUUGUUUUGUGGUAUCAAGAUUCUGAAAAAAGUGUUGAAGCGUUUAAGUGGGAGAUAAAAGGGAACUUUAAUAGGAAACUCUUGAUGUGUUUUGGCCAAGAUGUGUUGCUUGGCAGAAUUCUUUUCCCCAGUGUCUCUUGUAUGGUGUUCUUUGGGGGCAAGGGGCAGGAAUUGUUUAAUUGAAGGGGUUUUGCCUUUCUUCAGAGUGGCAAGCAAGGGAACUGUCUGUGAAGAGUAAAACAGUGGGUCAUUGUAGGGAUGCUCCGCAAGGACCUUCUUCCUGCGGUGAGGAGAUGAGGGCACUUGUUGCAGCAGAGAAACUCGUGUGGUAGAUCCUCUUUGUGGAGGAAGAAAGGAGUAUGAUCCGGCUUGCAGACACAGCUCACCUGCUUGUGUGACAAAUCCCUCCCUGGGAGGGUCACCAGGUGGGAACCAAACCCUGAACCUCUGGAUCCGAAAUGAGGAUCCCGUGCUGGUUUGAGUUAGAGGUUUGCUAACUUGAACGCAGCAGUAGCCUCAAGUUCCCUCAGGUGGACAAGACACUUGAGGCUGACUAACCUACCUUCGUAUUCACGUGGGCUGUGCUCCUCCUUCUGAAUUUUUGCCCUUGCUCCUUAAUGGAGAUAGGAAAGAAGAUUCAUCCAUGCCUUUUAAAAUGUGCAUGGAAUUGAGGGAGGAGUUUAUUUGAAAGUAUCCCCUUCCUUUCCCCGUAACCCUUAGGAAAAAAAAUCAACAAAAACAGGGAAAUAUUCUCUGUGUCUGUGCCAUGUUUGUUCUCGUUGUCGUGUUUUUAGAGGAGAUUUUAUGAUGGAGUGGAAAAAGUGAAAUGAUUAGUUUUGCAUAAAAAAAGAAAAGUUUUAAAAAAAUUUCUACAGGGAGAGAGCGAGAGAGAGUUUAAAAAUGAAUAAUAAAUGCAGUGAUUGCACAAACUGUAGUGGUAUUAGAUGGUCCUUAGAGAAAAGAGUAUUUUGUAGUAUCGAAGCAUGUGUGUCUGGGAUGGUGUUUGGCUCGCUUGAACUGGAGGGAAAGGCGUUCUAGGACUAAGCAGCGAUCUCUGAGCUGAAAAGGCAAGUUGCAUGUUGGAGGAACCCUGUCUACAAACCUUUCCCGUCCUUGCCUCCCGAGUGUCGGAGUGAGUUCCCUUCCCUCCCAUACCUCUCCUGUGAGCUAAGGUGGAGUCUCCAAGUGGUUUUCUGGCUGAGCAGCCCUCAGAGGGCCGGUCUGGUUCUGACAGAUUGUGGAUCAGGCCAUCAACGUGGAAACAGUUGACUUACUUUGCAUGCACAGCAGGCUGCUGACGUUUGAGGUUGGCGUGUACCUUUCUUGCCAAGUUGCUGUCUCUUUUCCAUCCCCUAUAUCCAAGCAGAAUUAAUCAUGGUGGGCUUAUUUCCUGGGAAGCAGAUAUGCCUCUCCUUUGUAACGUUUCUUAAACUUCUUCCAGUACCAGGUGGGGGGGUGACACUUUUCUGUAUAGAAUUCACCACAUCAGGGCAGAAAACUGAAUCCCAUUGUUGUGUAUUCCAGCACCCCUUCUCCCCAGUGGCGGGAUCUCUAGAGGCAAAUGAGAGCGCUGCCUUGUGUGCUCUGAUUGUGUUGCUGAGGGACACACGCCCUCUUCUCGAGGCCAGCAAAUGCUGGAAGUUUUUAGGGUGGAGAGGGGAGAGGAACAAUCUGACAGGACUGUGCUCAAGUUGGGCAGUCCUCUUCUCCAGCUUCCUUUGGGGUGGUGGGGAGGAGUUGCCUGAACAUUCCUUCAGAGCGAGGAGGCAGCUCUUGUUUGCUGCUUUCCCUGUCCAAGAUGUCUCUGGUGUUCAUCUGGCACGUGGGAGUGACUGCAGGGAAGAGGGAAACCACCAGAUGUUGGUGUCUGAACAGAAGAUGGUAGGCAGGGACGCUUGAACAGCUUUUCUUGUCUGGACUUCUGUGGUGCCCUUUGCAGUGGCUUUGCAGUGGCAGAUGACGGAUGUCUCGAUGCUUCCCAUAGCCUGGGCUGCACUUGGGAACUUUACUCUCUGCCCAUCAAACUGCCGGUGCUUCCCAUGGCUUUCAACUUGGAACAGAAACCUCCUGUCUCAGGCUCUCUUCUCAAUGAGCAGCAUGGGACUGGAGGGGCAUGAAGCUAAUGAGAUACAAGCUCCUUUGGGGAUGAAAAACAGAAAUAGUGUGGUGAGCAGGCCCAGCUGUGGUGAGCCACUGCUUAAAUUCUGUUUGCAAAAGAGAAUGGGGGCAUUUCUCUGUGUCUCCCCUUACUGAACUUCCCAGGGAGAUUUUGUGAAAUAAACAAAUUUAAAAAAAAAGAAAAAAAAAAGAAAAAAAAUCACAACCACAAUCAUGCUUUUUACUGGGUAGGAGCUGUCUCUGAGCUGAGUCUUCCUAGGGAUAUCACUCCCUUUCCAGCCCCUCUUUGUAGAGGAGGCUUCAGCAGCUCCCAGUGUUUGGAGAUUAUCACCUCCCUGGGGACUUCCUGGCAGAAAGAGGUUGCCAUGCUUGAAGGAUGGUGUCCUGAGUUCCCCAUACUUCUGCCCCAGGCCAUGGCAUUAGUGGGGCUGCUCAGGAGCAGGUCCUUGUUCCCAGGGAGGUGUAACAAACCUGGAGUGUGUGUUUGGCUAAGUGCUUACUUUCCCUUUUGCUUCCUUCCCCACCUUCUGACAAGACUUUCCUCCUUGCCUGGCACAUCCUUUUACUCCAAUGUCGCUUGCUUUUGCUGCAUUUUUCAAUUGCCCAAUAAUCACGCAAGAGCUGGGAUCUUAUUUACUUCUUAUAUAUAAAUAUAUGAAUAUAAAAAGCCUCCUCCCCCUCUUUCUCCCCAUCUCACCCACCACCCCAUGCACAGCCUCCCUGAUCUCUGCUGUAGAGGGUUAAUUUGGGGUUGGGGAUUCGGUGCCUCCUAAGUUCUGUUCCUUCUUGGCUUGCCGUGGUUUUUCUGCCAGCUGUGUCACUGCCCUGUGCCUCUGUCUCCCUCAUGCAAAGGGGAUGGGGGUGAAGGAGACCAUCCUGCUGAGGGUGCUGGCAGCCCAACUCUCGAGGUGUUUGCAGAGAUGGAGUGCUCAGUGUCAGAAAUCCCCUACUCCCUGUCUGUGCUUCCUUCCCCAGGUAAUUCCAGGAAGUAUCUUCAUUUCACCAAUGCUCCGAGGUUGAGAAAAUAAGUGUCUUUAUUUUCUUUUAACUUCUAUUUUUGAGAUCCUUUCCCAGAGUGCAAUGUGUAUGGUUUCUUUUUGGGGGUGUAGAUGGCAGGAGAUGUUGGAGUCUGCCUCCAUCCUCACCUUUGCCUUUCUGUCCUCUGCUCCUCUCACAUUUUGCCAUUGCCCCGUGUCAGACUGAUGUUGUUGGAGGUAUUUGCACCCUUUUCUGUGCAGGGUCAGACUUGGCACCAGGAGCUUCUCCUGUGUUCUGUGUGGUGAUUCUGAGGUGCCCUGUGUCCCACCUGCCUCACCUCUAAGCAUGCAGCAGGGCCCCGAGUUCUUUCUUCUAAAUUUCUCCUUGCAGGAGUGAAGGGAGAUACAGUCCUGUGGUGUUUGGCUGCCUCUAGCAGCUCUUCUGUCCAUUCCAGCUUCUCUGUGAUGGGAAGCAAUGACUCCAGGGCCAUCCAAAAGCACAGUCCUUGGGGUGAGGGUCCUUCCAUGCCAGCUGAGCUCUGUGCUUUGAGCCCACACCCUCCAGGCACUGGCAGAUGGCCCUGGGAUGGAGGAGCAGGAUUCCCUCUGUGCUCCUGGGCUGGGUGGUGCUGGGAAGGGGGCAGCAAGCAGCGUGCUGUGGCACAGGGAAGAAGUAAGGUGACAACUGCAGCAAGAUGCAGUCAGAGUGGUGCCAGCUUCUGCAAUGGUUCAGAAAAUGUUCUGCUGGGAGGAAAGGGGCAUGGUGGGACAUGCAGGCAAAGUGUUAAUUCCCAUUGCAGGACCCUGGUUCUUUUCUUCAUUCCUUGUUCAGCUGAGCACUUGGAGCUCACAUUAAACCUCCAGAACAUGGCUGGGUGGGUCAAAGCACUUAGUGGGGCUUCAGGGCCUCGUAGGACUAGCGGGGCUUUCCCAUGCUCCCAAGAGCCCCCAGCUGGCCCCUUCUCUCUAGGGAUACUGAGGGCUUUCCUCUGGGCAGAGCAGCAGGUAGGUGCUCUUGCACAGGUCGUUGCUCUUCAGCUGCCCUGGAGGGUGCCUGCUGCUUCCAGCCCCCAGCUGCAAAGCGGGGGCAGAAUCUUAGGUCAAGUUCUCAAACGGAACAAAAAAAAUUAAUCGUUGUGAUGACUUUUUUUAGAAAAGAGUUGUCAUGCCUGCACCUCCCCCAAGCAAAUCAACUCAGUGUGCUGUCCUCCUUCCUCUUCUCCCCUGUGCCAUUAAGCCUUGUACACUCCCUAAGAAUAGAGGAGACUCUCUGCUUUGGGAUUUUUUUUUCCCCCCAUUUGUUUUCUUUUUGCAUAGAAAGUUGUCUGCUGGUGGUGGAGGACAGGGGCCUGCUUCAUCUGUUCCUUCCUUUCACCUUCCCCUGUGCCAAGCUUAGGCUCAAUUGCUGCAGAUUUCCUGCAAACACUGAACUUGGAGCAGGCGAGUGACCCCACUGCGUUCUGUGGUACUUGGGUGCUUCAGACUCUGCCUGUGCUUGAGCUUUGGCAGCAUCAGAGCCCUUCCUUCCUCUGGGAGAAGGUCAGCCCUAACUCCAAGUGCUGAUAGUUCUGGUGCAACCCAUCUGUCUCUUCAUUUCCCCUCACUUGGCAUACAGAGUGAAGGUGGUAAUUUUUUUUAAUUUAAAAUAAACCUAAAUAUGUAUCUUGUAAUUUUUUUUUUAUUUUGAAAAAAAAAGCAUUUAAGGAUUGUGCACGGAUGAAUUGUAUAUCUAUAUAUUAUUUUUUUGUCUUGCAAUUUUCAUUUUAAAUAUAGUGUUUGUUCAGUUUUGUUUUGUUUUUUAAUCCAGUUCCCAGCUGGCUAAACUCUGUCUAGAGUGGAUGGGUGGGAGGCAGAGCCACUGGAAGGGUGAUUGAAUCACUCCUUCCCUUGGUGCUUCCUACAAGAAACUGGUUUGCUCCAGGUUUGGGGGUGGGGGUUGUGCUAAUUACUCUUGUAUUCUUGUACAUUUUGUUCUUUCUGCUGCUCUUGAGUAUUGUAUCAAUGCCAGAAAUGGGGAGUUAAAAAUUAAAACAAAAAAUUAACCCCAAUAAAUUGUUACAUUCCAAAA